GGUUUGCUUUUUUUCAUUUACUUCCAAGUUUCACACCAUCAUUGUUCGUCCGUUCGUUGAGUCGCGCGCCACGCGGUGCUCAUCCUGACUCGGGUUCCAGUAAGAAGUUAUUCGGUAUGUGCCUUCAAUGAACCAAAAUCGAAGUAUUCACACAUUUAGUUUCGCACGAUCUACCCAACGCAACAGUGUCAACAUAAACAGUUUUUAAAUGCAAUAAUCAACAAAUCUUGGACCCAGUGUACACAAGCCGGCAAACGUUCGUAGUAUUUUGUAACUGAAACCGUCACCGCCAGGUAUUGGGAAAGCAAGCACACAAAUAUUGACUGCCGGGUGGGUUCGCCGUCGACUUUCGUGGACAGUCAGUGUUGCUGCCCUCUAGAGAAAACGGAUUUCUCAGAGUUGCACGUGGUGAUCACCCUUCAACUUUUGGACAGACGACACAGCAAACAGGAAGUGCUCAGAACCGUGACUGAAAGUGUGUGGAUAACGACCUACAAAGCUUGUUUGAUUUUCGGUGACGGUCAAAACCUUGAAUGAAAAAUUAAUCCGCCUAAAACGGUGGUGGGGUUGCGCAGACGAAGAGCAAGAACAGAGCGAUAGUGAACAAAAACGGUGGGCAGUGAAGAAAAUCAAGUGCACGAAAAUCAGAUAUUCUCAGCCAGUAUGCCAAAUGACACAGAUCGCAUACCAUUCUACGACGUGUUCGGAUACUACGAAUGGACCCUCACUCUUGCAGAUCCCCGAACCAAAGGAUGGCUGCUAGUGGACUCUCCAGUCCCGACGCUACUGUGCGUUUGCGGAUAUCUCGUCACAGUUUGGGCUGGCCCUAAACUAAUGCGAGACCGAAAACCAUUCGACCUCACCCCAGUACUGAUACCUUAUAACCUAGUGAUGGCCCUCCUGAAUUUGUACAUAUGUGUUCAACUAUUCGUCGGUUCCACGCAGCUGGGAUACAGCUACAUCUGCGAACCGUGCAAGCAGAGCUUCAGCACUCCGGAGAUGAGGAUUGUCGGAGCCGUGUGGUGGUACUACUUCUCCAAGGUACUGGAAUUCACCGACACGUUUUUCUUCAUUUUGCGCAAAAAGGACAACCAGCUGACGUUCCUACACGUUUAUCACCACAGUACCAUGUUUUCGUUCUGGUGGAUCGGAGUCAAGUGGGUUCCCAGCGGAAGUACUUUCCUCCCCGCCAUGGUCAAUUCAUUCAUCCACGUACUUAUGUACACCUACUAUGGCUUGUCCGCUCUUGGACCACACAUGAACAAAUAUCUCUGGUGGAAGAAGUACCUCACCAUACUACAACUGAUCCAAUUCACCUGCGCAUUGCUGCUGGGCGUCAACGGUAUUCUGGUGGGUUGCGAAUUUCCACUCUGGAUGCACUACACCCUGAUCGGAUACAUGAUUUCGUUCAUCUUGCUCUUCGGAAACUUUUACGCCCAGGCCUAUCUCAAGGGCGAAACCAUCAAGCAGUUUGAGAUCAAUGCUAACUGUUUGGAUCUGCGGUCUAAAAACAAGGCUGAGUAGGGUUCUGUUGGUGUAGUCAUACGUACUUAAGUGUUCAUGGGGUUAAACGCCAAAUAACUGAUCAAAGUGAACAGUUUCAGUUAUGUUUCGUACCGGUUUAAUAUGGAAGAGUGGAUUUGUACAGUAACUAUCUUGAUUCUAAGUAAAAACUUCUUAUUGUGAAUAGGAGAAUUUCUAUGUUAAACUUUUCUUCAGCGACAUAUGAGACUUUCAUCUACAAGAGAUACAAAUAAAGUACCAUAACAUAA